AUGCCCAGAAAACCCACGCCAGCAGCCAAGCAGCGGGUGAGGACCGGCUGCUUGACGUGUCGAAAACGGAGGAGAAAAUGUGAUGAGCAAAAGCCCAGCUGUGCGAACUGUGAAGUGAAAGGAUUCACCUGCAAAUAUGGCUCUGAUUUAGCGUUCGUGCCACCGCGCUCGGGGGCGGUUCCCAGUGCCGGACAGGGUUAUGGCAAUAUCACCUUUGUCGACGACUCACCACUUGCUGUUUCUAAAGACAAAAAGGACCAGAAGCCCGACGAGUCGCACAGCUCUGCCGAGUUCUCCCUGGACGGCCUGCAGUCUUCAACCGAGAGUCAUGAUGAUCCUUCAGAGCCGCCUCGGGCUUUCGAGUUUCAAAGCAUCUUAUCAUCAGCAGUGCCAAAUGUGGAUUUCUCAGAUCCUCCCAUUCCAUUUAUCGGCGGUCGGGGGACGCCACAUGCUCCUUACCUGAACACUGUUUCAUAUCUUGGAAACCCUAUAUCAGCUGCAAGUGACCAGGCACCCGAUCGGCGGGUGCAGCUUGCAAGCAGCAAUCGAGAAACAGACCUGCUUCGACACUUCAGAUACCAUCUUGGGCCGUGGAUUGACAUAGGAGACCCAGAGCUGCCAUUUGGGCUGCAGGUUCUGCUCCUUUCUCGGACGAACCGAGCCCUUCAAGCUGCCGUCCUUGCAGUCUCUGCCGGCCAGAGACUGCUGAUGUCAUGUCCAAGCAGAACUGACCUCGACAGCAGUCACGUCUUCCGAACGGAAGCAGAAGGCAGUCUGGCCCUUGAGUGUGAUUUAGCCAGGCAUGCUGGUCAAACCCUUCUCAUGCUCCAAGAUGCUCUUCCUUCAGGACCACAACAGUGGAGGGCUUUGCUUGCUCCCACAAUCGAACAGGCUUGUGAUUUUGCAUCACGGGCAGGUCAAGGAGAGGAUGUGGGAGAAGCAUUGCUAUGGCUCUACUUCAGACUCGAUCUUGCCGGGUGCAUUACCCAAUCAAAAGCACCACUCACGCCGUUCCGAUCACUAUUACAACGCGAUGGCACAUUCAUUCUGCACCCACAGCCACAAGCCCAACCGCAAACUGUUCACCGCGCAUACAAGCACAUCCUGUGUCUACUCGGCCACUGUUUGGCCUUGAUACACGGAGAUCCUGAAACAUCCUCCCCGCAAACGGUCUCCUCGCCAGAACUGGCAGCAUUCCCUUCUCUCAGACAAUCACAUUUCCUCUCGCAGUGGACAUUCCUUUGGUCAGACUGUCAAAAAUGGUACAAUGAUCGACCCGUGAACGUCCAGCAGAUCGUGGAUAUUCGCGGAGGUGAAGCCGACCACAUUGACCCAGACCACGACUCCUCAUUCCCCAUCCUCAUCUACACAACACCAAUGGCGCUGGUCGCCAAUGCUGUUUACCACACGAUCUCUCUGUUGAUGCUGACCCACAAGCCACGCCUCUUGAAAUCACUACCCGGGCCUAGGUCCGUCACGUCUCAUAUCUGGCAUGCGCAAUCAAUUGCCGGUAUCGCGGCAAGCAAUGACUCCCCCGAGCAAUGGGACCCGGUACUUGUUGCUAGCCUUCUCGUCAUUGCAAAGGAGAUGACUCACGAGUCACAGCAGACAGUCAUUCUGCAACGUCUGGCGAAAAUCACCGCCACAACUGGAAUCAAACUUGAUCGGGAAAGGGAAGCGCUCCAGGCUACGUGGAACCUAGCUCGCUACGAGGAGGAAUUUGAAGAUGAACCUGAUACUAUAAUUUCAUGA